GUUGCUCACUUGAAUAUGAUUGAUUCAUGUUCGUAAAUAUAGAUAUGUUUAUAAUUUUUAAUUUGUACAAUAAUUCAUUUUUUAAGUAAUAUAAUUAAGUUCUACGUUAAUUUCAUUGUGUUUGACAAUAGGAAUUUUUGAUGAAAAUUAACAUUCAUUUAAUAAUUGUCCAAAAAAAGUAAAGCCAUUAUUAUCUCAAAAACCAGUAUAUAAGUACAAAAUAUAAAAAAAAAGAAAUAUGAAAAAUAGUUCUUAUACGUUAAGAAAAAGAUUUAAAAAUGAUACUAUGGAACAAUUGUCAAAGAAAGAAAAUAAAUUACAAGUUUUAUAUAAAUUGUGUAAGCCAGUGUAUGUAAAUAUCAUAAAAUUACCAAUAAAUAAAUCAGAGAUAAAAAAAUGCUGUGAAAAAGAUUCAUUUAUAACUCAAAAAAAAGAUAUAUUAAAAAAUAGAAAACGAAAAACUAAAGAUUAUGUUAAAAGAAUAAAUUCCAAAUAUAAUCAGUUACAUCAUUUAUGUAAAUCAAAAACUAAAACUAAAUCUCAAAAUGUAUUAUUUUCUAAAGAAAUAAAAAAUAAAGAUAAAACAUUACUUAUAAAGAAUUUAUCAAAAAACAUUAAACAACCAUGCAUAAAAUUACAUAAAAUAGAUGAAGUAAUCAAUAAAAUAGCACAAACAUUUGCAAAAACAAUUUCAACUAAAGAAUGUGCAAUAAAUAGAAUAGAAUGCAUGAAAGAAAGUCAAACUGAAUUAAAUACAUUUAUUGCAGAAUCAGUAGAAUUAUUAUCUAUAAAUACUGAUAAAAAUGAAUAUGUUAAAAAUCAAGAAACUGAAAAUGCAAUAAUUAAUCCUUAUGUAAAUAAAAUUCCACAAUCAAAUGAGUACAGUGAAAAUAAUAAUAAUAAAUCUUCUGAUUCUGAAAUUAUAAGAAUUACUAGAAAAGAAAAUUUCAAAAAGAAACGUAAAAAUGAUAUGAAUGAUGAUUAUGAUAAUAAUAAUAACAAUGAAAAUAACAAUAUACAUAAAAUUACUUUAAAUAAAAUAAAAAGAUUGAAAAGAAAUUUACCAGAGAAAACAUUAGAAAUUAAUAUAGCACAUGAAGAUGCUAAAAAAGAAUAUAUAGAUGAAAAUUCAAUGUUGCAAUUAGGAUCAUUAGAUGUUACUAAUGAAUUAUUUAAUCUAUCAGAUAAAAAAAAUUUAAAUAUAAAGGAAAAUAUAAAUAUAUCACAGCAGGAAUUAACUAUAUCAAAUAAAUUAUCUACAAUAUAUGAUUCUGAUAAUGAAAACAAUGAUCUUGAUCAAAACAUACAAGAAGAUAAUUCCAAUUUUAUGCCUUUAGAAUUAAAUCUUGUAAGUAUUAUAGAAAAUGAUACUUCUGUAAACACAAGAAAUCAUGAUAUUAUGGCAAUUGAAAAACCAAUUUUAAAAGACAAAAAUAUUCAAAAAUCAAUACAAGAAUCAUUUAAUUCUAAUAGACAUUUUAUACAAAAAUAUAAACUUUUUAAAGAAUUAAGAAUCUUUUUAAUAAAAUUUGAUGCUUUGAAAAACUUUAAUAAUAAAUAUUCAGCUAAAGAAAUUGAGAAAUUGAUAGAAACAUAUAUAAAUUCUUCAACAAAUUUUAAUAUUUCAAAACUUCAAAAAAAUAAAAAAUCUAUAAAUAAAAUGUCACUUACAUUUAAAAAUGUUAAUGUUAACUCUGAUGAAUCUAUAAAUCAUAUUUCAAAUUUAAACAUUUGUGAAACUGCAAAUAAAAAUAUUUGCAUAACUGCCAAAGAAAUACAAAGCAUAAUUGAACCAUUAUUAAUUUUUUCAAAAAAAUCAUCUUUAAAUUCAAUUAAUAAAGAAAAAGUAAAAAAAGAGGAAAAUUUAGAAAUUCAAAAAAAUUGUCAUAAUUUAACAAAAAUAUUUGAAAACAAAUCUGAAGAAAGAUUUAAGCAAAAUAGAAUUAAUAAUUCAGAACAAAUAUCAGAUUUACUUUCUAUUACUAAACCUAUAUUAUCUUCUUCACAUGAGUCUAUUAAUGAAACUUCUAACUUAUCAAAUGUAUUUGAAAAUACUGUUAAUAUUAAAAAGUCAAUAAAUAUGUUAGAUAUAAAUUCUGUAACAAAAUCCACUAAUGAAAUGUUAUGCUUAAAGGAAGAAAUAGUAAAAACUUCUCUAUGUAAGCAAAAAUCAAUUUCAGAAAACAUGAAAGUUAAUACACAUAUUAAAGAUACUACAAAAAAUGUUUUAACUUAUUACUCUUCCAUGAUAUCUCCAAUAAAAGAUAAAAAACUUAAAGAUAAGAAAGAGACUAAAAUUUCUACUUAUAAAUGUAUUGUUUGUGAUCUUAAUUUUAAAGAAUAUUCUGAUUUGCAGUCACAUUUAAUUAUUCAUACACAAAAGCAAAGUAAUACUUUAUCAAGUAUGUCGAAAAAUAUUAAUGAAUCAUCUGAAAAAUCUCAAGAAAUCGUAACUUGUUUUUCAGAAAUAGAAAUGUUAGAAUCACCAAAAAUAUCUGAACAAAAAAAUACGGAAUAUGUGUCAAAAUUUCUUACUAGUGAUAAUAAUAAACAAUUAAAGAAAAAAGAUAUAACAAAAAAUUUAAUAAAUAAAGAGAAAAAGAAAAAGAUUGAAUGUAUUAAUAAUUCAAAUGAAUGUAGUAUUUGUUUACAAGAUUUUCUAACAAAAACUGAUUUGGCAACUCAUAUUUAUUUACAUACAGAAAAUGAAUUGCAACAAGCUUAUAAAGUUGCAAAACAAAAAUCAAAUGAGAAUGAAAAGACAAAAAAUAAAGAAUUUAAACAAAGCAAAACUAAAAAAUUUAUUGAUAGUAAAAGUAGUAUAAUAUCUAACACAAUUCAAAUAAAUGAAAAAAUUAACAGUAAAGAAGAAUUGUUAUGUGUACAAGAAUCAGAUAAAUCAGAUAAAUUAAUUAGAGAAAAUUCUAAAAUUAAAGAUAUAAAAUUCACUGCUUUCAAAGAAAAUGAUAUGCAAAAUAUAGAAUUACCAAUGAAAUUAGAUAAAGAGAAAAUAAAUAAAAUAGAAUGUACCAAAAAAUCAUUUACAAUAUGUGAAUGUCACAAACCAGGAAUCAAUGAAAAUUGCUUGCAAAUUGAAAUAGUUCUUCUUUGUCAUACUUGUAGAGUGUUAUAUAGAAGUAUAAAAUGUUUUGAGACUCAUUAUCGUCUUCCUGAAUAUGCAGACUGUAAUCAAAAUUGCUUAAACAAUGGUCGUUCUCCAAAUUUAUUUUGUGCUACUUGCAAUAUGAUAUUUAAUUCAGUUCAAGAUGUACGUCAUCAUUUAGAGAUACACGCCCGUUUUAAAAAAAAUUCUACAAUGGAAUUUCGAUGCAACAUUUGUAAAGUUAUAUUUUGUGGAAUAGGAACUCUUUUCUAUAUUCAUUGGUCAAAACAUGCAAGAGAUUCUUUAUGGAUGGCUAAUGAGCAAUCAUUUCCAAAGAAUUCUAUAAUAAACUCAAAACUAAAAAAAAAUUCUUCAAUGAAUUUAAAUAUAUCUACAGAAGAUUAUAUUCAAGUUGCAGAAUAUGUUUGCAACAAUUGCAAAUUACCUUUUAUUAAUGAAGAUGAUUUAAAAGAACAUAUUCAAAAGUGUAAUAAAUCUAAUUUAUUUAAAAAUACAACUACUAUAGAGAACUCUAAUAACAUUGUUCAGACAAUAAAAGUAACUUGUAAUUUAUGUGACAACACUUUUAAAAAAAAUGAAUUUUAUAAGCACAUAAAAAGUAAACAUAAUUUUAGUGAUCCUCAAUUUCUUUGUAUAUCACUUGCAACUGCAAAAUUAGUAUUUAUUUGCAGUAUUUGUAUGGUAAUAACUGAAAAUUUUUAUGAUUUUGAGGAUCAUUGGUUGACGCAUAAUAUAAUUCAUGUAAAUUUUACUUGUACACAUUGCAAUACUAAAUAUCAUAAUAGUUUAAAUUCUUUUAUAGAACAUGCUAAAAAACAUAAAGAAAGUUAUAAUAUAUUGUCCUGUAUAGUGAAUUAUGAAAAAGCAAAAUUUAUUUGUGAAUUUUGUAAUAUUGGUUUUAAGUCUUCUCAAAAUAUGCAAGAACAUAUUACUAUUCAUAAACAAAUAUAUUUUAAAACUGAUCAAGUUACAAAUCAUAAUAAUUCUGCAUUAUUAUCAAAAAAAAAUCAUUCUUCCAAUUUUACAGCAACUGUUGAGAAACAGAUAGAGAAAACAUCACAAAUGAAAACUCAAACAAUAAAAAAAAUAAAUAAGAUUUGUUCAACAAAAUCUGGUAUAGACAACGAUACUGAGAAAUUAAUCAAAAUACUAGAAGGAAAUGAAGAUGAUUCUGAGAUAGUAAUAGAUUUGAUAAACCAAUCAGAAUCAUUAAAUGAUGAAAAACGUAAGGAAAAAGAAAUUACUUCUAAUAAUACUUCUAAUAUAUUAGAAACGUCUUGUAUUAAUCAAACUAAUAUAAUGUUGAAAAAUAAUAUAACUAAAUCACCAGUAACAAGUCUAAAUGUUCAAACAUCUUCACAUUUUACAAAUUUAGAAUCUUCUCCAAAUAUUUUAAAUUCACGAACAUUUAAUUCAAACGUUAAAUAUACGAAUGUUUUGCAAGAUUCAAAUAUAUCUUCAAAAAAGAUUAAUAAUAAUGAUAAUAAUCAACUUGAUCCAAAAAUUAAAACAACAGAUGAUCAAUUAAUCAUAAAGAAUAUACAACCUAUUCUUCAAAAUAAUGAACCUCAAGAUAUAGUUUCAACUACAAAAGAAUUAGAAUCAGUUUUGAAAACAUUAUUAAAAGAAGAAGAAGAAAUUCCACCAAGAAAAGGAUUUUUAAGAGUGAAAACUCUUGCAGAGCUUAGAGAUCCUAUAAAAUUAAAUAAACUUGAUGAUCAUGUUAUUCAAAAUGCUGGUGAUUCUAUCAAUCAUUUUAAAAGUCAUAAUAUUUUGGAUGAAAAUGAUAAACAACAUAAAAUUAAAGAAAAAGACUUAUCUUCAAAACAAUUUAUAGAUUUUACUUCGAACAAAUUUGAGAAAUCAUUAUACGAAAAAACAACGCAAUCUCAAAAAAAUUCAAAUAUAUUACCAUUGUCUUUAUCUAAUUCAAAUUAUUCACAAUUAAAUGUCUCUGAAAUUCAACCAUAUAAUACAGUAAUAAAUAAUCAACAACAGCAGCGAUUACAAACAAACAUAAAUCAAAAUAAAUAUUCAUCUUCUUCACAAGAAGUAAUAUCAGAAGUAACAUCAAUAAACCAUAAAAAUUUACCAACUUACGAUAUUGCUCGAACAACUACAACUAUACCACAUUCUAUUUUGAAGAGUAAUGAUGGAUCUAAUAAAAUUGUAAAAACUAUUAAUGUACAGCAAAAUGUAAAUAUAGCACAUACAACGUCUUCUUCUAUUAAUAAAAAUGAUCAAAUGUCUUCUUUCAAUAAUACAAUUAAUUCAAAUCAAUAUAAAUGUCAUUAUUGUGAUUUUUGUACAGAUAAUUUAUCAAACUUGUUAAAACAUAACUUACCAGGUAAUCAUAUUAGCUGUGAAAAACAAUAUUUACAACAUAGUGAACAGAAUAAAAAACUCAAAGAACUUGAUAAUUUACAAACAAAGACAAGAAUUAUGCAAAACCAAAAUUCAAGUUAUAAACAAUUUCAACAAUCAAAUAUAAAUCAAUCAGGAAUUAAAUAUACUUCUUUGCCUACAUGUUAUCAAUAUCCUUAUAUUGCUACAAAUAAUUCAGAUAAAAGUACUCCAAUAUUUAAGCAAAAUCAGUCAAUAAUAACUAAUCAAUCGAUAACAGAAAAUGUUUCUUCUCUUUAUUAUAAAAAUUUAAAUCAUAACGCUGGUGGAAUAGUGAUGAAUCAAGUUGUUCCUGCUAUACAGAACAUACCAACAAUAGAAUUUAUACAACAACCAACACAGCAACAAAUAUAUCAAUCACAAGUUUACAAUGAACCAACAACAAUUAUAGAUGCUCAAUAUAUGCAGCAAUCACAGAAUUUAGUAAAUUUUUCUGAUGUUUACCAAAUGACGAGCAAUCAAUAUGAAGUAACUAAGCCAAAUGUUACAACUUAUGAAAUUCGAUACAUAUGUUCUUAUUGUACGAAAAAAUUUAUUUCUGAAGAUUUAUUGCAGUUGCAUAUGAAUAUUUUUCAUAAUUUUGUAUGUAAUAUUUGCAAUUUGCGUUUAUAUAAUUUUAAUGAUUUUAAUCUUCAUAAAAUUAAACAUACGAUAUAUUAAGUUCAAAAUGUUACUAAUUUAAAAUAAUAAAUAUAAAAUAUUAAGAGAUACAUUUAUAGUUUGAUAUUUAUACAUAAACAUUGUAUAAAUAUGUGAAAAUUAUAUAUCUUAAGGAUAUAAUUGUAAUUGCAUGAUAUAUAAUUUUCUGUAAAAAUACUGUAUUAAGCUGCAAUAAUU